AUGUACCGAAACAUUACUAGAAAUAAACAAAUGAAGCAGAAACAAUCGAGUUCCAAAGAUAGAAGCCCAAACGUUACAUAUAGCAAGUCAGAAGGAUUAUCUAUUGUGUUUGAGACUUCAUCGCAUGUCAAUCCAGAAAUAACUAGAGGUAGAACAAAACAGAGUAGUGUAAAUACUCCGGUUGCACAAGGUGAUAUAUUACACAUGAUAGAACAAGCUGCUCAAUCUGGCUUACCUAAAGAAAUGCUUGAAUGUUUUAAUCAACUGAUACACACUGAGAACAAAGUUAACCAAGAAAGUUUGGACCAAGGUCUGCUUUUGUCUUGUAGGUAUGGUAGAGAGUUUUUGGUAAAGAUUCUGAUAUUUCAUGGUGCUAAUAUAGAGACGAGAGACGAAGAUGGCAACACGCCACUUUUGAUAUGUGCUGAGAAAGGUUUCACUGACAUAGCUCUGUUACUAGCUGAUAAAGGCGCUGAUAUCAACAGUUACAACAAAGACGGUGACACGGCACUUUUACUUUCUAUAAAAACAUCCGGGUCUUCUCAGCUAGGGACCAGACUGCUCGAGCAAUGUAUUAUUAACGUUCUUCAUACAAAUACAGCAGGAUACACUUUUCUGAUGAGAGCCUUUGAGGUUUUGGACUUUUCUUUAUUAGAAACUUUCAUUGGCAGAAAACAUAAAACCCUAAAACUAACUAUAGAGAACAUGUCGAAUUUGGGAAUUCGAAAUGAUGAUAUCAAUAUUAUCACGUUCUUCAUAAAUUAUUUAAAUGACAGAAAGGCACGAGUAGAUGAAACAGAUGUGAUUAUAGUACGAACGCUUUUAGACGCAAUGUUUCCUUUUUGUAAAAAAAAUAUUCGUAGUAACCAUGCGCAUCUUGACAGUGCUUUACCUGUAGCGGUUAAGCUUGAUUUGCUGAUAAAAUUGAACGCCAAACUGAACGAUUGGAGAUUGUUCGAUGUUGCAAUAAAAAAGGGCCAAAUAGAUUGUGCUAAAUUGUUGCUUAAAUCGGGCGCCGAUGUCGAUGUUAAAAGGACCAUAAGCAAUGCUGUCACUGGUCAAAGACCCAAAUCUUUCUUAGUUGCAGUUGAACUCUUUGAAGAGCAAUCCCAAGAACUGUUGAAAGACUACGGGGUUAAAUUUCUACUCCAGGCUGUAAAUGACGGGGAUAGAGAAACAAUAAAUAGCUUAGUUAAAAAAGGGGUAGAUGUUAAUGAAUGUUUUGACGGAAAGACAGCUUUGAUUGCUGCUAGAGAUGCCAACAUUCUCAAGCUAUUAAUAAAUCUUGGUGAUGACGUCAAUAAAGUGAUUGAGAUAGGCAGGAAAAAAUGCACUGUACUUAGUUAUAUUUUGAAAUACUAUAUUGAGUAUACUAAAUAUUUGGAACGUAGCUUGCAAGAUAUGAUUAAUGUUAUCCUAAGAUAUUUAAGAAAUUUAAACACUACAGACGAAAAUGGGGAUACUUAUCUUAUGCUUGCUUUACUAAUUCCGGAACUCUUCUCAACUGCAUGUUUACUUUUACAAAAAGGUGCAAACGUCAAUCUCCAAAACGACGACGGAAUGACAGCUCUUCAUUUAGCAGUUUUGCAAAAUUCGAAACAAAAUAUACACAUUCUUUUACAAUACAACGCAAAUGUAAACAUAAAGUGCAACAAAGGACAAACUGCUCUACAUUUAGCAGUGAAGAUGAAAACACAUCAAAAUGUGUCGACUCUAUUAAAAAACAAAGCCAAUGUUGACAUUCAGUCUAACUAUGGACAAACUGCACUACAUAUAGCAGUGAUGCGCCAGUCAAUGCCUUGUGUUAUGAUCCUGUUAGACUACAAGGCUAAUACUAACUUAAAGACGGGCGAUGGAGGAACACCUUUGAUGAUUGCAGUUGCUAAAAAGAAUAUAUACAUAACUGAAUUAUUAAUUAAACAUGGAGCAAGCGUCAAUGCUGAAGACAGUAACGGGGAGACUCCUUUAUUUAAACUAACAAAUGUAUGCUAUUCUAAUGCAACUGUAGAGCAUAUGCUAAGAGUAGUUAAAAUGCUACAAGCAGCUGGGGCAUAUCUAGAGCACCAAAACAACGAAGGGCGUACGGCCUUGAUGCAGGCUGCUGAAAAGAAAAAAAUAACAGUGCUGCAGGUUUUAUGUGAGGCUGGUUCAAACGUUAACGCAAUUAAUACAAACAAGGACGAAACUGCUUUGUCUAAAUGUUUUUAG